UUUUUAGUCAACUGCAGUCACAAGCUGGAAUACAUUAAACUUAAGAAGUGGCUAAAAGACAGAGGAUUUGAAGACAGCAUUUUAAGACCAGCAGAGUUCAGAGAGACAGGAAGAGGACUGAUGGCAACAAAAGCUCUUCAGGCAGGGAAUCUCAUCAUUUCGCUGCCUGAGAGGUGUUUGCUCACCACAAGCACUGUCCUUAGCAGCUGCCUGGGAGGAUACAUUAAGAACUGGAAGCCUCCUGUAUCUCCUCUGAUGGCGCUGUGCACUUUUUUAAUAGCAGAGAAACACGCUGGCCACAAAUCCCCCUGGAAGCCCUACCUGGAUGUUUUACCCGAGGCUUACACUUGCCCUGUUGGUUGGGAGCAGCACGUGGUGAAUCUCCUCCCAGAACCUUUAAGGAGGAAGGCUCAGGAGCAGAGAACAACCAUCCAUGAGCUCUAUUUGUCUUCCAAGGGUUUUUUCUCCUCCCUGCAGCCUUUGUUUGCUGAGGACACGGGAAGCAUUUUUACCUGCAGUGCUCUGGAGUGGGCUUGGUGCACUGUUAACACCAGGACAAUCUACAUGAAGCAGCCCCAGAGGGAGUGUUUUUCUCUGGAGCCAGAUGUUUAUGCACUGGCACCGUAUUUAGACCUGCUAAACCACAGCCCAAAUGUUCAGGUAAAGGCUGCAUUUAAUGAGCAGACAAAGAGCUAUGAAAUUCGGGCAACUUCACAGUGCAAGAAAUAUGGAGAAGUUUUUAUCAACUAUGGACCUCAUGAUAACCAGAGGCUGCUCCUGGAAUAUGGAUUUGUGGCCAGGGAUAACCCUCACAGCAGCGUUUAUGUCUCAUCAGAUACUCUCCUCAAAUAUCUUCCACCACUGGACAAGCAAAGAAAGGCAAAACUAUCCAUUCUAAAGGAUCAUGAUUUCCUGGAAAACCUGACCUUUGGCUGGGAUGGACCAUCGUGGAGACUCCUCACAGCCCUCAAGUUGUUAAGCCUUGGAGCAGAUGAAUUUGCCUGCUGGAGGAGGACACUGCUUGGGGACGUCAUUUCAGCCGGAAACCAAGAGCAGACCUGGAAAAUAACAACCCAAAUAUGCCAUUUCUUAAUAGAGGAGACUCAGGGUAUCCUUCUCCAGAUUUCCCAGCUGAGAAGGAGCACAGAGAACAUCUCCUCCCAGUUGGCUCUGGUGGAAAAGCUGCACUUGGAGGGGCUGAAGAUUCUCCAGAACUCAGCUGAGCUUCUUUGCACCCAGGACAUGGGCACAGCCUGA